AACGACAAAUUUCAAGAAGUUGAUGAAUACCCUCAGAAUCACAAAACCUAGAAAAACCACAUGUUCUUUCUGUUCAUUAAUUGACCAGCACGCCUCUGUGGUCCUUUUCUAAAUUUGUGUGAUUCUUGAUCCCAAAAAAGACGCAGAAUUCAUCAGAACCCGGCAUCCCCUGGAAGAACACAAGGGCCCGUAGAGGUCUCUGCCGCGGGGCACACCCUCAACCCGCGACGGGGACUCCCCGCUGGACAUGCACAGGCGUUCCGUCACUGAACACCUGUUUCUCCAGGCACUUCUGUGUCGGUGGCAGCCCGGCGGGCUGUUUGGCUGGAACCAGCAGGUUCUGUCAGAACCAGGGCACCAGGACACAUGAAGGCGUGGACUGUGGCCUCACGUGGUACCACCACUGGUCUGGAGCCACAGACACGAGACUUUUGAUCAGAUUCUGUCCUGUGCAAUCCCGUCAGGAGGGACGACAGCGUGUGGCGUGUUUAUAAUUAUGGACAUUCAGCAUCAGCUGCUUCCUAGCAGGAGAGCUGUCCGGCCUGGCCAGGCGAGAACCACGCCCCCUGCCGGCAGCUUCGUCUGACAUUUGGAAGACUCCUCCCCAGGCUGGUGAUAAAGAAAUGUUCACCUGCUGAGUUAUACGGAAGCCAUUCUGGCUUAUGCAAGAAUCAACCCGGAUUCGACGCUGGCUAAAGCAGCCCCUCAGACAUACACUGUGCGUCUGCUUUAAUUAUUAAAAAAAAAAAGAGCACACCGAACGGAAGUAAAGAGUGUCUGUGUUAAAAACAGAGAUUAGAUGCCUGCCUUCCCAGGACGCAGCGCUGGUCCGCCUCUGACGAGAACCCCCGUCCCAGGUGCCAGGGCCACGUUGACUCGCAGUGUAUGUGCUGAGCUGUUCUUCUUUGUUUUUUCCUUCCAACUUGAAGAAAUGUCUCCCUGGCUUGUUUAAUGUUCUUUAUUCUGACAAGAUAUACAAUGGCAGGGCAACGUGGGGGGCGGGCUUCCGGGCUGGUCCUCAGCUUGGCUCAAAUGCAUCUCUUUCCUAUUCUGAUUAUGUAUUGUUUUUCUGCAUUUAUUGAGGCGAUCAUGCGAUUUUUGUCCUGCCUUUCAUGGAUCUGGUGGAUCUCGUCAGUUGAUUUGCAUAUGUUGAACCAUCCUUGCAUCCUGGGAUGAAUCAUGGUGUCUGGUCUUUUCUAUGUGUUUCUGGAUUCUGUUUGCCAAUAUUUUGCUGAGGAUGAUUAUUGAUUGUUUAUGGGUUAUUUUGUUGUUUUGCCCUCUCUUCCUGCAUACUGCCAGCGGGGGUGCUGCGGGACAGCCAUGCUGCUCCUGGGGGUCCUGGUGCAGGGCCCGCGUCGCUGCGGAGUCAGCGUUCCCAGGAGGUGUCCUGCACCGGGCUGGGAAGGGACUGUGGGCUGCACAGGCCAAACUCAGCGUCUGCCCACUCGACUUCCUCCUAGCUGGACCCCCAAAUGCCCACAGCACCCCCGACGUCGCCCGGCUAGGGGGAAGCUAGAGGAGAAGCUGAAAUGGAGAGAGCCCAGAGCCUCAACCAGCGCUGGUGGAACUGCCUUCCUUUCAUGCGUAUUAGGGACACGUUCUGUGCGGGGGUGGGGGGGCCUGGAGCCUCACCAACUUCCCAGAAAAUGGGUUCCCAGCCUAGAACCAGAGCAGGUGAGAUGUGGGGACGUGGGGGCCACAGGUGUGGGCGUUACCUCUGACCUGGCCAAAGGCAGCAGCCUGGACACAGGAGCCAGGGCCGAGCCCUCCCGCCCCACCUAUCCCCUAGCCUCCCCGUGCAGUCUGGGAUGACGACCUCGGCCGCCAGGAUCACUCUUGAGGUUUAAGGGAGGGUGCGUGCCCGCUCGUGGUAAGCAGGGCACUGGGCCUGCGUCCGGGGCCAGGGCCACUUUGCUGUCCUCCACUUGGGCCUGGAAGGGUGCUCUCCAGGGCAGGUCUGCCUCUUUAAAGCAGGAGGGGUGCUGUGACCCUAGCGGAGCGAGCCAGCCCGGCCUUCUGAAAUCAGGGUAAUCCCGCUGAGGUCGCCUGCCCCUCCUCCUGCCGUCAGGCGGGGAUUAGAGAAGAGGCCAGUGGAUUAACCAGCUCAUUUUGUCACAACUUCCCCGAUGGCCCCUCUCCUGGAAGCCUGCUGCUCAGGUGGGGCGACCUCUCUGCAGGGCUGAGAGCAAAGCCCCGCCCCACCAGGCGUUGCUGCCGGGACCCACUGGAAGCCGAGGACCCCAGGCUUGCCGGACCCGGGAGGCAGAAGGCCUGGGGACGCGCCAAGGGUCUGGGUGGACGGAGCUCCUGGACUGAGGCUGCGCCUUCCUCCCCCCAGCCCGACCACAGCUCGGGCAGCAUGCCCGGACCCCCCAGCGUCCACCUGGACCCCAGCCCUCAGCCCCCCAGCAGGAUGUCCUCCCGCCAGUGGCCAGUGGCCUGGGCCUCCCUGCAGAAGACAGCGGUCCUCCUGUUCCUCCUGUGCAGCGCGUCCCUGCCCCCGACGCGGGGCCAGGCCCAGAUUCCUCUGGAAACAGUGAAGCUAUGGGCGGACACCUUCGGUGCGGACCUGUAUGACACUGUCACCAAAUACUCGGGCUCUCUUCUGCUACAGAAGAAAUACAAGGACGUGGAGCCCAGUCUGAAGAUCAAGGAGGUGGACGGCUUGGAGCUGGUGAGGAAGUUCUCGGAGGACAUGGAGACCAUGCUCCGCAGGAAGGUGGAGGCCGUCAAGAAUCUGGUGGAGGCUGCAGAGGAGGCCGACCUGAACCACGAAUUCAACGAGUCUCUGGUGGUCAGCUGGGAGAUGAGUGCCCCUCCGUAUACCGGCCUGCCCCCUUGCCCGCUGCCUCCGUGUGCGGACUGUGAUCUGCCGGUCCCACGCGCACUGCCUCGUCCGCAGCCAGCCCUGCCCUGGGGGUCCUGGCCAUCCUGGGUGUCCGCCCCCAGCCGGGCCUCUGGAGCAGCCUCUGUUUCCCCAGGCAUCAAGUGGACGCCAGACGAGAACGGAGUCAUUGCCUUUGACUGUCGGAAUCGCGGCUGGUACAUCCAGGCGGCCACCUCCCCCAAGGACAUGGUGAUCCUGGUGGACACGAGCGGCAGCAUGAAGGGGCUGCGGCUGACCAUCGCCAAGCACACGGUCUCAACCAUCCUGGACACUCUGGGGGAGAAUGACUUCGUGAACAUCAUUGCGUACAAUGACUACAUCCACUACAUCGAGCCUUGUUUUAAAGGGAUCCUGGUCCAGGCAGAUCGAGACAACCGGGAGCACUUCAAACAACUGGUGGAUGAGCUGAUGGUCAAAGGUGUGGGGGUCGUGGACCAAGCCCUCAGUGAAGCCUUCCAGAUCCUGAAGCAGUUCCAAGACGCCAGGCAAGGAAGCCUGUGCAACCAGGCCAUCAUGCUGAUCACCGACGGGGCCGUGGAGGACUACGAGCCCGUGUUCGAGAAAUACAAUUGGCCAGACCGCAAGGUCCGAGUCUUCACCUACCUGAUUGGGAGGGAAGUGAGUUUUGCUGACCGCUUGAAGUGGAUCGCAUGCAACAACAAAGGCUACUACACGCAGAUCUCCACGCUGGCCGACGCCCAGGAGAACGUGAUGGAGUACCUGCACGUGCUCAGCCGCCCCAUGGUCAUCAACCACCACCACGACGUCACCUGGACGGAAGCCUACAUGGACAGCAAGGCACAGAGCUUGAGCCUCCUCACCACCGUGGCCGUGCCGGUCUUCAGCAAGAAGAACGAGACCCGAUCGCACGGCAUUCUCCUGGGUGUGGUGGGCUCUGACGUGGCCCUGAGGGAGCUGAUGAAGCUGGCCCCCCGGUACAAGCUUGGGGUGCAUGGAUACGCCUUCCUGAACACUAACAACGGCUACAUCCUCUCGCAUCCUGAUCUCCGACCCCUGUACAGGGAGGGGAAGAAACUGAAGCCCAAACCCAACUACAACAGCGUGGACCUCUCGGAGGUGGAGUGGGAGGACCGGGCCGGGAUGCUGAGAACAGCCAUGAUCAACAGGGAAACGGGCUCCCUCUCCAUGGACGUGAAGGUUCCGCUGGACAGAGGGAAGCGAGUCCUUUUCCUGACCAACGACUACUUCUUCACGGACAUCAGUGACACGCCUUUCAGUCUGGGAGUGGUGCUGUCCCGCGGCCACGGGGAGUACAUUCUCCUGGGAAACACGUCUGUGGAAGAAGGCCUGCACGACCUGCUCCACCCGGACCUGAGCCUGGCGGGUGACUGGAUCUACUGCGUCACGGACAUCGACCCCGACCACCGGAAGCUCAGCCAGCUGGAGGCUGUGGUCCGCUUCCUGACCGGGCAGGACCUGGCCCUGGAGUGUGAUGAGGAGCUGCUGCAGGAGGUGCUGUUUGAUGCGGUGGUGACAGCGCCCAUGGAGGCCUACUGGACGGCGCUGGCCCUCAACAUCUCUGAGGAGUCCGAGCGCGUGGUGGACAUGGCCUUCCUGGGCACACGGGCCGGCCUCCUCAGAAGCAGCCUGUUCGUGGGCUCCGAGAAGGUCUCCGACAAGGGGUUCCUGACUCCCGCGGACGAGGCCAGCAUGUUCACCCUGGACCACUUCCCAUUGUGGUACCGCCAGGCGGCCGAGCAGCCCCCAGGCAGCAUGGUCUUCAACCUCCGCUCGGCGGAGGGCCCAGAGAGCCCGGGCCAGCCUGUGGUGGUGACGGUGAGCACCGCUGUGGCCGUGACGGUGGACGGGAGGACGGCCAUCGCAGCAGCCGUGGGCGUCCAGCUGAGGGUGGACUUCCUGCAGCGCACGUUCUGGGCGGCCACGCGGCAGUGUGGCGCUGCAGAGGGGCCGUGCCUGGAGAGCUGCCAGGACAGUGACCUGGACUGCUUCGUCGUGGACAACAACGGCUUCAUCCUGAUCUCGGAGAGGCCCCAGGAGAUGGGAAGAUUCCUGGGGGAGGUGGACGGCGCCCUCGUGACGCAGCUGCUCGGCAUGGGGGUGUUCAGCCAGGUGACCAUGUAUGACUACCAGGCCAUGUGCAGGCCCACGAGUCACCACCACAGCGCCUCCCAGCCCCUGGUCAGCCCCCUCUCUGCCCUCCUGACCGCUGCCAGGUGGCUGGUGAAUGAGCUGCUGCUGUUCCUGCUGGAGUGGAGCGCCUGGGGCUCCUGGCGGGCAGACAGCGGAGCCGAGGCCAAGACCGUCUUCCAUCACGCCCACAAGCACAAGAAGCAGGGCGUGCUGCAGCCGUGCGACACCGCCUACCCCGUGUUCGUGCACCAGACGGCCAUCCGGGAGGCCAACGGCAUCGUCGAGUGCGGGGCCUGCCAGAAGGCGUUCGUGCUGCAGCAGAUUCCCCUCAGCAACCUCCUCCUCCUGGUGACGGACCCCACCUGCGCCUGCAGCGUCUUCCCACCCGUCUUGCAGGAGGCCACAGAAGUCAAAUAUAACGCCUCUGUCAAGUGUGAGAGGAUGCGCUCCCAGAAGCUCCGCCGGCGCCCGGAUACCUGCCACGCCUUCCAUCCAGAGGAGAAUGCCCAGGACUGCGGCGGCACCUCAGACAUCUCGGCCUCGCCCUCCCUGCUCCUGCUGCCUCUGUGUGCCUGGCUGCUGCCGCCCCAGCUGCUGCGGUGACAACUGCCCGGUCUGACCCGUUGUGACAAGGUGGUCCUUUCAGAGACAUUCUAAAGAGUCAGCAGGUGUGGGCUCCAGCUCUCGGCAGUUGGGUUCUCGCCAGUCAUUGCUCAUCCCAGUCUUGGGCUGAUGGUCCCUGCCUCCUGGGAUUGCUGGACAGAACUGGACAUCACUUCCCACAGACCUUCCAGGGUGUCUGGUCCAUCACCCCAAGUCUCAAUGGGCAUCCUGCCCUGUGUCCUGCCUCCUCUUUGGGAGCCUGCCACGAACUCACCUUGGACCGAGACGAAAAGGUUUAGUUGCAUCCAUUUGGCACUUAAGCUCCAGAAGCCCAGGCCUGGCCGAAGGACGCUGCAGCUGUUUCUAAUGAAUCUGGUUCGUUAGAGUAGACCUGAGUAGACUCCAGGACUUCAAGGUUCUGAGACGGAGCAGCAGAGUGAAGCCACCAGCAGAGAGGGCAGGAGGGGAGAAGUGCCCACUGGAAGCCGUUUCCCCAGAGGGAGGUGUGCGGGGCGGGGGCAGCUCAGUCUCCUAGCUGCAGGUCAGAAAAGUGUGUGUGUGUGUGAGUGAGAGAGGUAGAAAAGGCAGGGUCUUUUGUAUUAAUAGUGGUUGCAUAUGAUGUCCACAAACUGUUGCUAUUAAAAAAAAA